AUGAAAUUAAUACUGAUUAUUGCUUGUGUGAUAAUUCUAAAACAUUCGAAUGGUCUUACUAAUCCAAAUUCUCGUUAUAAUUGGCGUUGGAUAGCCUAUCCACGCGCACUUACUGCUGCCAAUGAUCAACAAUCAGCCGAUGAAGAAAAGACUCGAGUUCGCCGGAAUCCGAACUGGGGGUAUCAACCAAACUGGCGUUGGAUAUCCUAUCCACGCGCACUUACUGCUGCCAAUGAUCAACAAUCAGCCGAUGACGAAGCUAUCGUACGUCGAAGUCACAUUAAUAAACCAGGUAAAGCUGAAGGACACGGCCAACAUCAUCACCAUCAUUCAAGGCCAAAACCAUACGAAUCUGAACGGGAAAAUUCAAAUAAACCAUUCAAUCGCUCUUUGUACCAAGGCUGGUAUCAGCUGCCAUCAUCAUUAGCGGUGAAUAACACGCUUUUAAUGGGUGGAUCCUGGGGUAAUGUAGAAAAAACAAAUAUCAAUGAUGAAAGCAUAAAUACUUGCGAUAUUUCAAAUAUCUCCAUUUGUAACAUUGUCAACAAUGUUGAAGGUGAAGUACGCCAAUGUUUUCACCAAAUCGAUGAAAUUACAUCAUAUGCAUCAGAAUUCUUUAAUGUGUCAAAUGACAAUAUCGCAAUAUACAGAGAAGACGAAAAAUUAGCUGAACUUCCAUUUCCCGAACCCUUUAACGUUACAAUUUCCGAAGUGGUUCAAAUUGUCGGCUGCGAUGGCAAUCCACUUGUGUGUCAUACAAUGAAAGCAAACGCCUCCGAUUGUAAUACGCUUUAUCUGUGCCACGCAGUUCACGGUACAGUUGUUAAACAAGUUACUGUUGAUUAUAACGAAGAACUCAAUAAUGUCACAAUGUAUGCUAUGUGUCAUCUGAAAACAGACAAUUUCGGUAAAGAACAUGUCGCAUUUCGUAUGUUACAUAAACGGCCUGGUGAUGGUAUUUGUCAUUUUAUUAGUCCUGAUAGUUUUCUUGUUUUCAACGGAUAUAUUACAACGUUAACUCGACACGUUGCAGAUCCGAAACAAGCAGAUGAAAUUAAGAACAUCCUUCAUCGCCACGAGAAACUCUUCGACACGAGCAAACCUGCGAUUGCUGUUAAUGUCAAACCACAUGAAAUUAAGACACUCGAUUACCCUCCAACAACAUCGAGACCGUACUAUUCAACACCGCAGAAAGAAGAAGAAAUGUACAACAUCGUUCAAGAUCUUCUACAACAUGGUCUUAUUCGCAAGUCAUAUUCUCCAUUUGCAGCACCAGCAUUACUGGUCGCUAAGCACGAUGGAACAUGGCGAAUGGUUGUCGAUUACAAGAAACUGAACAACAUGACAAUCAAAGACAAUCACCCAUUGCCGAACAUGGAACAAACGAUACGACGAUUAGGCGGUGGAUACAAAUUCUUCUCGAAGUUGGAUAUGAAAAGCGGCUUUUGGCAAAUACCGAUCAAGGAAGAAGACAAGCACAAGACAGCGUUCGUUACGGCUGAAGGAUUAUACGAAUGGAACGUCUUGGCUCAAGGAUUGAAGAACAGCCCACCGUCAUUUCAACGAGUGAUGGCUGAAGUAUUAUCACCAUGUCGUCUAUUUACAUUAGUCUACAUCGAUGACAUCGUAGUGUUUUCCCGCUCAUUCGAAGAACAUGUGGAACACAUCCAGCAAUUAUUAUCCAUUUUAUCGAAAUAUAACUUUCAACUCAAUCCACCGAAAUGCAAGUUAUUCCAGCAGAAAAUUGAUUAUUUAUCGCACAUCAUAUCAGAAAAUGGAUUUCAACCAAAUGAUGAACGAAUUCGGUCGAUCAAGAGUUUACGGGAACCGUCUACAUUAGCUGAGGCGAACAAGUUCCUGGGAGGAUUAUCAUGGUACAGAAAAUUCAUUCCUGCAUUCGCAUCGAUAGCUGCACCGAUACACAAAGUGACAAAUCUGACCAGAGAAAACAGGAAGAAUUUCAAAUGGGAAGCACCGCAACACGAAGCAUUUUUGAAAUUAAAACAAUAUUUGGUGACUUCUCCAUUAUUUCUUGAUUAUCCAAACGAUGAUCAUCCAAUCAUUCUGACGACCGACGCAUCGAAAAUAGGUAUUGGUGGGACAUUGCAACAGAAUAUCCAUGGCGAGAUGAAGAAUCUCUAUUAUCAUUCGCAAGUGACAUCCUCUAUUCAGAAAAGAUAUGAUCCAAUUGAGCUAGAAGCAUUAGCCAUAUGGAUGUGUUUUCAACGUAUGCGACCUUACUUGCUAGGAAGAUCUAUCAUUAUCUAUACAGAUCAUUGUCCAUUAUGCAACAUGAUGAAUUCGACAGUGAAGAAUCGAAGAGUUGAUCGAAUAUCGAUCUUAUUGCAAGAAUACAACAUCGAACAAGUGAUUCAUAUCAAGGGACGACACAAUUGUUUAGCCGAUUAUUUAUCUCGACAUCCAGUUACAAGAGAAGAAGAAUUAUUGGAUGAAGAUUAUGGCAUCGCAAAGCAAGGAAGAAGGGAACCGACCAACGAAGUACGUGUUCCUGAUGGAACUCCUCCACUAGUCGGAGCUGUUCUGACGCGAUCUAAAGCAAAGCAGUUACAAACAAAGCAAGACCAAGAUGUGAUGGAAACUAUACCACCUGAACAAAAGAAAACAACGACAUCGCCUACAGAAGAAAAAACCGAUCCGCAAGCACAAUCUCCAUCGAAAGAUGAUCAUAAUUACGAAUUCGAUAUGGAGAAAUUGAAGGUCGAACAAACGAACGAUCCAAUCAUUGAACAGAAGAUCACAGAAGUCAAGAAGAAUCCAACCAAAUGUUCUUAUGAAUUCAAAGAUGGCCUGUUAUACAAAUUAGUGCCAAUGCGUACCAACUCCAAGACGAAGAGGAAACUUAUUUAUGUACCAUCAUCAAUGAUCGAUGGUCUACUUCAGAUUUAUCACAACCAUCCACUUGCUGGACAUUUUGGAGUUCAACGAACAUACCUGAAGAUCAAAAACAAGUUCUGGUGGCCGAAAAUGCAACAGUCGAUUACACGAUACAUACAAUCAUGUUUACCAUGCCAACAGUACAACGUUAGUCGAGUGAAAAAGCCGGGUCAUUUACAACCGAUUACUCCUCCAGAAGGACCAUUUCAAUUAAUUGGUAUGGACUACUGUGGUCCACUUAAAUCAACGCCUCGUGGAAAUCAAUAUGUACUCUGCAUUACAGAUUACUUCACAAGAUGGAUAGUCGCUGUUGCUGUACCUGAUUGCUCGGCACAAACAACUGCCGAAGCACUAUUCAACGAAUACAUUUGCAGAUAUGGGGUACCGGUAGCGGUGUUAUCCGAUCAAGGCACACAUUUCCACAAUCAGCUGAUGGAGGCAAUGGCGAAAUUAGUUGGAUAUAAUCACACAUAUUCAACCACAUAUCAUCCGCAGUCGAAUGGCAUGAUUGAGAGGUUCAACGCGACAUUUAUUCCACAAAUUGCCAAACUUCAGGACCGAGAAAAUAACAAUUGGGAUGAAUUCUUAGCACCGGUGGUAUUCGCAUACAACACUGGAACCCACUCGACAACUGGAUAUUCACCAUAUCGGCUAUUAUUUGGCAGAGAACCAAGAUUACCAACGGAUCAACCUGCAUCAACAUUUACAUUUCGAAAGCCGAACGAUUACUAUGAGCAAUUGAAGAAGAAUAUGAAGAUCAUACAUCGUAAUGCACGUGAAAAUAUGAUAAACAAACAGAAGCAGUACAAAUCACGUUACGAUACACAACGAAAUGAUCCACACUAUUCACUGAAUGAUCGUGUUUUAAUAAGAAAACAUGGUUUGAAGAGCAAAUUGGAUGCGAAAUAUUCGAUUACUCCACAAAUAAUCAUUCGUGAAGAUCAUCCUGUCUACAUCGUUCAAGAUGAAUCAACACAAGUGGAAACAAGGGUGCAUGUCAACGACAUUCGACCCAUCUUGGACGAGUUAUCGUCAAUUCAACGAUCUCAACUGAUUGAAAUAUCUUCUGUGCCUCCUCGGUCAUGGUCGUUUAACGUUACAUAUAUCGGUGUAGUCAAUUCGUCGUGUGUUGUUUCAAUCGUCGCCUUCAAUCGAUCACAAUCGAUCUCAAUCGUCGUUUACAUUCGAUCACAAUCGAUCUCAAUCGUCGUUUACAUUCGAUCACAAUCGAUCUCAUUCGAUCUCAAUCGUGAUUUUCAUUCGAUCUCAAUCGCCGUUUACAAUCGAUUUCAAUCGUCGCCUCCAAUCAAUCUCAUUCGAUCUCAAUCGCCGUUUACAAUCGAUUUCAAUCGUCGCCUUCAUUCGAUCUCAAUCGUGAUUUUCAUUCGAUCUCAAUCGCCGUUUACAAUCGAUUUCAAUCGUCGCCUUCAAUCGAUCUCAUUCGAUCUCAAUCGUCGUUUACAUUCGAUCUCAAUCAUAUAUUUCUUCAGGUGGAUCAUGGUUAACGUUUGGGAUGUAAUGGGGAUUAUCUAG